GCAGCGCGCGGCGAGGCUGCCAGCAGCAGCAGCGGCGGCAGCAGCCCGGGACAUCGGAGCUCCGGAUCACUGCCAGCUCAGACAGGCACCACUGGUCCUGAGGAGGUUGCCCUAGGGUGAAUGGAUCCGGGGAGAGGGAGACUGUCCAUUUCCAGCACUAUCUGUUCCGCCGGUCUUUACAGUAAUCUUCCAUAAUCGUACAUAAAGUAGUUUUCUUCGUGUUCCAAGAAAGCGUUUUCUCCAAGUCACCCAAAAAUGGGUUUAUUCUAAAGUAUUUCAGCAUUGGGAAAUAUGUUAAAGUUUUUUCGAUAAAAUGCCGAAAGUCUACCAAAAUGCAGAAUUGUUUAACGAGAAUAAGUUUGGGCUGCGAAAGAACAGAAAAUAGAGCAGCGUUUUAGUCAUCGGCAACAAUAUUAACCCUGACCUUCUGCAGUCAGCCCCGGUGAUUACAGAGAGAUUGUUGUUGGUAAUUUCUAAAUGUAAGCAACUGAAAAGACGAAAGUGAGAAUGGAAGACGGGAAAAUAAAGGAAGAAUGCAUCUGAGAGAAAUAGGGAAGAGUUGACGCAUCUGCCCAAAAUAACAGUUCAAAGGAAGCUCUUAAGGCAAUCCAGCAAUCCAGCACGUAUUUUGAAUUAGUUUUAUUGACAUCAGUCCAACGGGGAGUGUGGGGCAGCUGCCAAGAAUCAACCCCUGGGAUGAUGGCAGCAAUCUGAUUUAAUUGGCAGCUCCUAUGCCCAAUUCCCAGCCACAGCGACCUGAGGGAGGUCUUACCAGACUCGAUGGCUUCCUGUCCAGUGGCAAAACAGUCUUCUGAAAUAUGACCAGCAAUCUGAUGAGAGCUGUCUUCUUAAACAUAGUGUUGACCAGUUCGAAAGAUGGAUACCGGGAAGAUUCAGGAAAAGAACAACACAGGGACCUGCCUAGCUGCAUCCAAAGCACACGCUUGUCUCAGGCACCAGAUCAAUCUUCUUUCUGGAGACUGUGGUGACACCAUGACUGACCUGGAUGUACCUAAGCUUAUAAAGAAAAUUUUAAAAAUGUGAGCAAGUCAAGGGCAACUCUUCUCUUUAUUUAAGGAUGGAAUCAGUACCACAGAGAAGCAGUCUUUAAAACGAGUUGCAGUAGUUGAGGAUUUUUUUGAUAUUAUUUACUCCAUGCACGUUGAAAUAGGAAUAAACGGAGAAAAAUCCCGGAAACACGCUGGCCAGAAAAGAACCUACAAGGCAAUAUCAGAGACCUAUGCCUUUUUACCACGUGAGGCAGUGACCAGAUUUCUAAUGAGCUGUUCAGAAUGCCAGAAGAGAAUGCAUUUGAACCUAGAUGAUGCAGAUCAUAAAGAAAAUGAAAAACCAGCAUCUUUGGUGACCAGCAUGAUAGAUUAUAAUAUGCCUAUUACAAUGGCCUACAUGAAGCACAUGAAACUGCAGUUACUAAGUUCUCACCAAGAUGAGCAGGAUGAACAAUCGUUGAGCAGUGAAGAAUUUGAACUCAGUGACUCCACAUGGAUGUCAGUCGAUCGCAUAAACUCUGACCAAAGCUCUACCCUGGAAGAAAGAAUGCAUAGUCCACAGAACCUAGACAGUCAUCAGGAUGAAGAUUCAUCUGUGGAAUGUUUCAAUGGCAAUGAGCCCUUGGUGCUUAAUUCUAAUGCUGCGGAGGGAGGUCUCUGUGGGGCAAUGUAUACAAGCAUGGGAGACAUUAAUGGCAAUGGCUCAACCCAUCCAGACCACCCUGCUGGCCAUGAUGAGCAACCAAUAAACCUGAGUGACAGUCCUCUAUCAGUUCAGGUAACACCAGACUAUGGCACAGAUAACAGCAGUAAUGGAAGAAGAAGCCGCAUCAAAUAUACAGUUACUGAAAUUAAAAUGGAACGAGAUUCAAAAGAUUUGGGAAAUAAGUCACCGGCACACAGCUACUCCAGUUAUGAUUCACUUAGAAAUGAAAGUGUAGGAGGUGGCCCUGAAGAUCUGACUGUGAAUAGAAUUAUUGAAGAUGAUGAUGACCAAGAUGACCAUGAUGAUGUUGAGAAGAUUAUUGAAUCAGAUGGAGCAGAAUCUGAACGCCUAAAAGCUUUUAAUAUGUUUGUGAGGCUGUUUGUAGAUGAAAACUUGGACCGAAUGGUCCCCAUUUCUAAGCAGCCUAAAGAAAAGAUCCAGGCAAUAAUUGAAUCAUGCAGCCGGCAAUUCCCUGAAUAUCAGGAGCGUGCCCGGAAGCGUAUACGUACUUACCUCAAGUCCUGCAGGCGGAUGAAAAAGAAUGGUUUUGAGACGUCUCGUCCCAUCCCUUCACACCUCACUUCUGCAGUAGCAGAGAAUAUAUUGGCCACAGCAUGUGAGAGUGAGAGCAGAAAUGCAGCAAAGAGAAUGCGUCUGGAUGUGAGUCAACAGCAACAGGAUGAACCUGUUGCAGUUGGGAAGCAGUGGACAAGAGAAUCUUCCCAGGUUAAUUACACUGCUCCAACAGUUUCUUAUUCUCAAGAACUGAUGUACAUCAAUGGAAAUACAGGCUAUUAUCAUGGUUACACAGGGCUGGGCAGUGGGAAGCAAAAUCCACCUUCCUUGUCAAGUGAUGGUACUAACACUGGGCCAGCGGAUCUCAGUGUGAAGAAGUCACUUGCAUCACACUCCGGAUCCUCCAACAUUAACAAUUCCAAAACUCCACCGGCUCAGCUAAGUCCCACUGAAAUAACUGCAGUACGACAGCUUGUAGCAGGAUAUCGAGAGUCAGCAGCUUUUUUACUCCGCUCUGCAGAUGAACUGGAAAACCUGAUUUUGCAACAGAAUUAACAUAAGUAAAGUUGUUCUCUCUCCUAUCGGUGUUAUAUUUCUGGGGAAAGACAUUUCUCCACUACUAAACAGGGCCGGAGAUAUAGGCCAUCUACCGUCGUGCCCCUGAAUGUGAAACAGCAUAUUGGACCACCUCUGGUCCAUAAUGAGGAACCACUAUAUUUGCAGAGUUAAAUUUGGGUCUGCUCUACUUCACGUUUCCUAAUUGAAGGAGCAAACAGAACACGACCACAUAUGUUUAAUCAUAUUCAGUGACUGACCACUAAGUAAAAAUGGCAGCAUCGAUAUCGUCUUUCUUUCCAAGUGCAAUAUGAGUUUAAGGUGCUACUAAAUGUUUACUUUGGAGAACUGCAGAGAUGGAUUUAAGGAGGCUUUUUACCUGUGGAUAAGAAGCGGGUUACAGAAGGUGCUGAGCAGCAUAUGGGAAUUUGAUUCAGGACUGGAGUGGUGGCAGCAGGUCUAAUGGCGAUAAGAGCACGGGAGAGGUGUUUGCAAAACCCAUAUUAUAUAUCAGAUUGGGUUUAUGCCUCUAUUGCAGUCAAACACCAUCUUUUGUCUCCCCAGUGUUCAGGUAAAAUUGAAUCCUGAUGACUAGUAUGGUGCCUGUGUAAAUGCAUUGAAAGCAAAAUUGAAUUGUUUUUUUUAAGAUUGAUUUAAACCUAAAGUUCAUUUGAAAAAUAAAACAAAAACCUUGUGGGAUGUAUUUCACUGUAGGUUGUAUAUUUUGCAAGUUACAAUCUGAAAACUUUGUAUAGUUUCAUUUUAGAGAAUCUAUUGCAAGGAUGUCUUGGGACACCUUUUACUGUGGGAUGUAUUUUGCUGUAGGUUGUAUAUUUUGCGAGUUACAAUGUGAAAACUUUGUACAGUUCCAUUUUACAGAAUUCUAUGAAAGGAAGCCAGGAGACAUUAUUUUGAUGUGAUGUGCAGUUCUCUGCAGUUCUGUGUUGUUCCCUAAAGCCUGUAAUGACUGGAUGCAGUUCUCUCACAAUUACUGUGGGUGUACUUAUAUUCUGUCAAUUAUUUUGUAAUUUAUUAAUUAUACAUAAAUUGAUGUUAAUUUCAUUUGUUUAAUACUAUUUUGUCUGUACCUCUUGGGGAAAUUGCUUUUUCUCUUUCAUGUUAGAAUAUAAUUUAAAUUUUGUACUUCUGCUGUGCACUUAGUGAAGAGGUAUCGUGGGUUCCCCUGUAUAGUGGGUUUCCCUGUAUAGUUUCUACACUUGUGAAUUCCUUACAAACUGUUACAGUACAUUCAUGCUGAUUCCCAUCUAUCUUUUGAUAAUUGUAUUUAAUGAAUUGGUAACAUUUUGAGUAUAUGUGAAUUAAUGUUUUUCAAUUUAUUAACAACUCCUGACUGUGAUUGUGAACUACGUUAUGUGCACUUCGUUCUAUAGUAAUUGGACAGCACUGACAUCUAAGCUUUUUGUAAUGUUAAUUUGAGUGAUUGAUUGGUUGAUAUAUUGUUUAACAAGGUCAAAAUGGUUGGUAUUGUAGGUGAAUAUAAAUGUGAGAAAACAGUCACUGCUAUUAUCCAAAUAUUUGUGGAUUUUUCCUUCUAUUGCAGCAUAUACCUCAAUAGAAAGCUGGAACCAAUAAAUAUUGAACAAAAUUGGUUUUGAAACAUCUUGACAGAUAAUGUCAAAAUAUAUUUGUAGUGCAAUGAAAGUGCCUUUCUUACUGGCUGGACAACUGAUUCCAAUAGGUUAAUUAUGCAGGGGAUAAAAAAGGACAUCUUUAAUGAUAUCAGUUGCUCACUUUUUGUUUAAAAAAAAGGUCUUGCUGUUGCACUGCAAACUUGUGGUUAAAGAAGUUAUAAAUUUUCAUCAAAAUUUGUUAUAGCACUAGAAGUUAAUUGAACUUUUUCAAUAUUCUACUUGAGAACCAUUUCUAAAAAUUUUGUUCUAAUUAUUGUACAUAAAUUAAGUACCAUG